GCGGGCUAGGAUGAAGGAGAUGGUGCUAGCCACGUUGCUUCUCGCUCUGCCAGCCAGCUGGGCAGCCCCGAAGGAUGGCACCAGCAGGUACCAGGUGGGAAACCAGCGAGGAGUUUGGGCAGGGAAUGGCCUCUUGGGGCAAGGGAACGGAGAGGGACCAUCAGGCACAGGGCAGCAUAGAUUGGGGGGAGUUUCUCGGUGCCCCCUCCCACAGCACCUUCUUGCCCUUCAGGCCUGAUGCCCCCCACGAUUCCCAGGAGCAGCUCAUCCUGAACCCUCUAGACCCAGGCAAGGAGUCUCAGAGGCUGCUCCAGGACUACCUGAAGAAGAAAGUUGGGCAAGCGGGUGGCGAUGCUGGUGCCAUGGCCAGGAAGCAGACUCUGUUGUUCCUCUUCGUGCCCCACGACUACGACAAGAGCGGGCGGCUGGACGGCCUGGAAUUCCUGCAGCUGCUGGGCGAGCUGGGCUCCCAGCAGGCAGAAGGGCAGCCCACGCCCGACCUGGUGGUGCUGAUGGUGGACAGCACCCCAGAGACUCAGGACCUGAACCACGACGGGCUGCUGGAGCCCUUGGAGCUGGGCAUGGCCAGACCCCAGCUGUCCUUGCUGCCCCCAGCGGAGGCGAGCGUGCCGUGCUGCAGGUACAUCCUGAACUAUGGAAUGGUCUCCCCGAGGAGGUGCGCCUGGCACCGACACUAUCAUCUUUUCGGCGCCAGCUUGGGGCAACAGGGCCUGUUUGGCACACGGGAUGGGGACCCUAUGGGGGCCCUGCAGGCGCUGUCAGACUCCAACUCCCAACACAGCCAAUGGUUAGGGACGACGGGAGUCAGAGUCCAGCAUAAUAUUUUGACAUGUGAUUUUAACAAACAGGCAUCGAGGAGGCCGCCACUUUUCCAGGCUAAAGAAAAGGCGGAGGGAAGAGAAGGCAGUGGAGGCGGCAGCAGUUCUGAAGCACUCUGUGUUUCUCACCAAAUGAGAGGACCCACACCCCCCAGGGAGGAGGAGAAGGCCUUGGCUGAAGCAACAGUGGGGCAGCCAGGAAAUACUUCCAGGCCAGCUGCUUAAGGAGGGCGAGUCCCAUCCUUGGCAGUUUCCAAUAGCGAGUUGAGUCUGGGCCUCCACAGUCCCUGAAGUGGCCACAAAGGCCCCCCUUCCAGAAGCAGGGAGCUGGUUGAGGGGAACGGAGGAACCCCCCACCCCCCCUCAUUUUGGGGCCUCCACCUACCCUGGCUUCAGAUGCCUGCGGAGCCCCUUGACCGCUUCCGGGGCCGAGUGGAAGCCCCAAUCCUUGGCCACAUCUUUGCUGACAAAGACCUGCAGGAGGAGGAGGAGAAAAGCCAGUGUCCCCUUCCCCACCUGGGCCAAUCCUCCUCCAAGGCUUGUGCUGCUCAGCCCAGACAACUCUUCCUAGGCGAGAGGUGAUGGGGCACCCUGAGCAUGGAGGGCGCCUCUGUUGGCAGGCCUGCCCCAGUCGGCUGCAGAGCAGCCCGGGGAGAGACUUGCUGCCUCUUCCAGCCCGUUCAUUCCCAAGCUGCACAGCCUCUUCCGCCGGGAAAGGCCUCUUUCGCGUUUGAAAUGGCAAUCUGCGCAGCAGCAGCAGUGAACAGUGCUGGGCAGAGGUUUUGGGUUUCUACGGCAAGACCUGGCCCUGCACAGUGUUCCUGGUCCGAGGGUGGGCUACGCCCCAUCACCUUGGUUCCUCCCUCAGCCAGACACGUCCCAGCCAGGAAGACCCGCCCACCCAGCCAGGGUCUCCUACCACAUCUCCGUAGCCAAAGAGCUGAUACAGCUCUGGCCGUGGCUUCUCCACUUCCACCGACGUGGCCACACGCUCAGCUGCUGGGCAGGUUCGGUUAUGCUCCUCCACACGCUGAAUCAUCUUCACCUGUUCCGAGGCAUUCCUGCCCUGGGGGAGAUGGCUGCUCUUAAGAGGGGGCCCUUCAGCAGCUCCAGCUGCCUGGCCAGCUGCAGCUACAGAACUUGGAAAAGUUACUUUUUUGAACUACAACUCCCAACAGCCCAGCCAGCAUGGCCACUGGAUUGGGCUGAUGGGAGUUGUAGUUCAAAAAAAGCAACUUUUCCACACUCUGCUACUACUGGAAGAUGGCCGUCAUCUUGUCAUGCAUGCUUGGGUGAGUUCCGGACUAGAUGACUGUAAUGCGCUCCACACGGGGCUGCCCAUGAACAUGGUCUGGAAACUCCAGCUAGAUGGCUAACAGGCAUGAGUCGGAACAUUUAAGGAUGGUGACCUUUAACGUCAGUUAACAGACCUUACAAAUUGUCAAGGAAAUUCAGAGGGAGACUGCAACAUGAAACCACAAUUCAUCUAGUGGGUCAAUGCUAUCCCUUGUGGAUUGCUGUUUUUAAAGUCACACUGCAUGUGUUAACUGCUGAUAAAUGCCAGGAUGUCAUUUUUCACAAACUAUUUUUUGUGAAUGGCAACUAUUAAGAGCUUCUUUAUCACCACCUGCCCUUUUCUGCAUAUCAUUUCCUCUGACCUCACUGAUUACAAUCCUCCCCCCCCCCAUGACCCAAACAUGUGCACAUCUAUCUGCAAAAAAGGCAAAUUAUAUUUUGGGCUGCAUUAACAGAAGUAUAGUUUCCAAUUUGCAUGAAGUAUUGGUUCCCCUCUGUUCUGCAUUGGUUAGGCCUUAUCUUGAAUACGUGUCCAAUUCUGGACACUGCAGUUUAAGAAGGAUGCAGACAAAUUUAAUUUUAAUUUUUUGUCUUAAUUUUGUUUUUAAAUAUGUUUUCAUAUUGUAUUGUACCCACACCUGUAUUUUAAUCUGUUUUUAUCUUGUUGU